CUCACCUUCCCGACGACGUGGUAGGACUGUCGAACGUCUCUUUCUCGAACAAAAAGGGACUUUUCUACUAAAACUCGCUGGACGACAACGACGAACUUGAACGUUUUCGACAACAAUGUCCGAGCCAUUGUCAGGCCAUUGCUCGAUUUGCUUGAACGACUAUAAUGACCCUGUUUGCAUUCCCUGUGGACAUGUGUUCUGCUUUCCGUGUUUGACGGAAUAUGCCAAUGGACCUGCUCAUGAAGGCUUCACCGCUCCAUGCCCAACCUGCCGCGCAGAUUUCCACCUAUUGACACCAGAUCCUCGAGCCCUUCCAGCGAAAUAUCACCCAUUCAUAUCCUCCCAUCUUCGACGCCUCUUCUUCGAUUUGACCCCACAUGAAGAAACAGUCUCCCUUAAGCGACAGGUCAAGAAACUCAAGAAGGAGGUGGCCCAACUCAUGGACGCCUGCGAAAGGCAGAUGAACAGAGUCGCGGCACACAAAGAAGGCGAACGCAAUCUUCGCCACCGUUUGGACAAGCUUCAAAACGACUACGACGAGCUUGCCACAGAACACGACGAACUUGUGGGGGAUUUGGAGGAGGUGAAGGAAGAGCGGGACGCGUUGGCGGAGGAGAAUGCGCGUUUGCGCGAGCUGUUGGAAACCGCGAUUGAAAGAAAGGAUGCCAUUUUCGAGGAGAAGGAACGACUUGAAACCAAGAACGAGGAGCUGGAGGAAGAGAUCGAGCUCACCACGCGUCGUGCCGAAGACUACAAAGCGAAGUAUAGGCAAGCUAAAUCACAGAUUCAGGCAUUGCAACGAGCCAAGGAGGAGGCAGAGGCCUCUGGCUCUCGUCGCAAGAGCUUUUUGGCACCACCAAGACUAUUCAACUACGACGAUUUCAACGCGGCGAUGGAGAAGGAGCGGACUGCAAGGUCGGGUCGCCCCACUCCUGACAACACCCUCUAUCCAGACGACUUUCUGACUCAAUACCUUUGGGAAACCAGGGCCGCCCGGCAAGAGCGCGACCGCGAGGUGCAAGAGGCCGAGAGCAGCAGUCGCGCUGGCUCAGGACAGGAACAACCCCAGGUUUAUGAACCGCCAGCACGGAUACGGGUGAAGAGACCAUUGCCACGUCGUUCAACACCUAUGCAAGUGAGCUCUGCGGGACCUCAGUCUUCAUCAUCUCUACCGAGAAAGAGACCUCGAUUGUCGGAGCCUGCUCGGUUGUCGAGUUCAUUGGUCGAAGCGGAACCACAGGUGGCCGAAGAUGAUCUUUCGGAAUGA